CUCCGGAAAUUACAUUUCACUAAUAGCCACGCCCUUGGGCGAGAAGUAACUCUCACGACCCUUUGCGGAAAUCUCUCGUCAUGAAUUCUCAAGCCCUUCGAUUGCUCUGCCGGUCCAGGCCAAGCAUGGCAUCAAAAUCCCUCUUCCUAUUCCCCUCGCCCAGUCCAACCUGCAGAUUGUUCUCUAUGACAUCGAGGAGAAAUGUAAGAACUACUGAGAUGUCAGAUGAGCAGUUGGCUGCUGUGAAAAUUAAUAGGGAGCGGUUGUGGAAGGAUCUUCAUUCGACGUGCGAGUGGGGAAAAGGGGAGAGAUGGGGAGAUGGACCAACAGACAUUGGAAUGUCACGUUUGACAUUAAGUGAUGCAGAUAAGCAAGUGCGAGAUUGGUUCGUGGAGACGACCAAAUCUCUUGGUUGCGAUGUAAACAUAGAUGCUAUGGGAAACAUAUUUGCUGUCAGGCCGGGAAAGAGGGGAGGGCCACCAACUUAUGCUGGGUCUCAUAUGGAUACACAACCUACCGGAGGGAGAUAUGAUGGAAUUCUUGGAGUUCACGCUGGUAUCGAAGUCCUAAAGACCAUGAACGAUCUGGACAUCAAAACAGAGUACGAUACUGGAGUAAUAAACUGGACGAACGAGGAAGGGGCGCGUUUUCCGAUCUCUAUGGUGUCAUCUGGCGUCUGGGCGGGCGCCUAUACCCUAGAAAAGGCUCACAAUGUCGUGGAAGUUGGAGGAGGCAAAGCAACGCAAAAGUCUGAGUUGGAAAAAAUUGGAUAUCUUGGUCCUCUUGAAGCAAGCUACAAAGCAAAUCCUAUAGGAGCUCACUUUGAGCUUCAUAUCGAGCAAGGCCCAAUCCUUGAGAGCUCUGGUGGGAAGAUUGGGGCUGUGGACGGUGCUCAGGCUUAUAAAUGGUUCACUAUCACUGUGAAGGGGAAGGAUUGUCAUACGGGGACGACGGAUUUUGAGAAUCGUUCGGAUGCUAUGCUCGCAGCAGCGAAGCUCAUCCUACAUAGUCACAACAAGGCUACGGAAUAUGGAUGUCUUGCAUCCACGGGAAUAUUGACAUUGAGGCCUGGAUCAACGAAUACUGUCCCCGGUUGGGUCCAGUUUUCGUUAGACAUCAGGUCGAAGGAAGACGCCAUAGUCUCGAAACUUGAGGAAUCGUUGAAGGAGGACUUCCAACGGAUCGCGAGUGGAAAGGAUAUUGGUGGCGUUAAUGCUCAAGGGACCAAGGGAAGGGGCUGUAGUGUGGAGUGGCAAUUCGACACCGAUUCUCCAGCAACCAAGUUCCACGAAGACUGUAUUAAGUGCGUUGAAGCAAGUGCUAGGGAUAUGUUGGGAACGAAUGCAGGGUCACAGGUCAAAAGAAUGACAUCGGGAGCUGGACACGACAGCGUUUAUACAUCUAGACACGCCCCGACCUCGAUGAUCUUCGUACCAUGUAGAGAAGGAAUCUCCCACAACCCGGCUGAAUAUUGUAGUCCAGAGGAUUGCGGAAAUGGUGCACAGACUUUGCUUGGAGCAAUGCUGCGAUACGACCGGCUGAGAGCAGAGAAAGGUGCAUAAUUGAAACAACAUCACCCAUUGGAAAUAGAUAUGCUAGAGAUAACAGCAUCUGCACUUCUUUCAAGAGAACCCCUCUAUCAAUUCGCCUAUCGAUUUGUGACACAAUGCUCGCAAAAACUGCCCUUUCUCCCUCGCCCGAUUCUUCCUCAGUACAAUCCUAAAGCAUCUACUGAUCCAGUCUCGUGGGAAAUGUUCCGUUGCUGCGCUGAUCAUCCCAUCUCUCACACCAGGCACUUGGACACAAGGAUCGAUAAGCCAAGAAGAAUUGACGGCAAGGUGCGAAGUCCUCGCCCUUGGCUAGGAUGCACUUGUGGUAAUCGACAUAGUU